AUGACGUAAUGUCAUUUUUUAGGUUAGUUUAUUAAAACAUAAUUAUAAUUUCAAACAAACAGUAAUUCAGUUUAAUAAAAAUAAUAUGAAAUUGUUAAACCUUUCUAAAAAAUUCUUAAAUAAGAAUUAAUUCUUUGAACCAUCCUGCCAUCUCUGUUUUAAUUCAGACACAAUACGUGCACGUAAUAGAAUGGAUACGCAUCAGAUAAAACAGGUAGUCAAUGUUCGUGUGUAAAUACUUUUGAAUUAAACUUGAAAUAUUUUUAUACACACAUAUUUUUCGAGAUACGUACAUAGCUUUAAUAUUUCACGAGAUGCCUUCAUCAGUGCGUCCUAAAAGUUACACUGGUGGAAGCAGGACUUUGCCAGUUACACCCAUGUCCGAACGUCAACAAAUGGCCUUAUUAAUGCAAAUGACUUCAUCAAGUAAUGAAGCUAGUCGAAGCCCUAGUAAUAGCACUAAUAGUAGCAGUAAUAAUAAUAGAAAUAAAGAUAGAAACGAACGUGGCGAGACACCUUUACAUUUAGCAGCUAUUAAAGGAGACGUUGAACAAGUGUCAAAACUUUUGGCUCAUCGAGCAGAUCCUAAUAUAGCUGAUUAUGCAGGUUGGACACCUUUACAUGAAGCAUGUAACCAUGGCUGGUACGAGGUUGCAUAUAAAUUGGUUCAAGCUGGGGCCAAUGUUAAUGCUAAAGGUUUAGAUAAUGAGACGCCUCUUCAUGAUGCUGCUGUAAAUGGUCACUUGAAACUGGUCAAAUUAUUAGUGGAAAAAGGGGCUGAUAUUCAUGCAAAAAAUUGCAAGGGAAAGACCCCUUUAAGUAUUGCUUCCCCUGGAGUAGCUCAAAUAAUGUUGGAUCCUACUUUACCAAUUUCAGAGUCCAACGUUACAAGAGCACAACCGCGUUCGAGGGAUGAUAAAAAAGUCACCGAAAGCAAUAAGCAAAAAACAACGAGCGGAUCAGAAGAAAAUAUGGAUACGUCGAAGGGUUCUGAAGAUGUUUACGAAUUUAAAUCCGUAAAAGAAACUGAAUCUUCGCCCGACAGAAAAAGUAACGAACCCGCUGAUAUGGAAAAUGACGAUGCGGAAACCGCUAAUCAAUCCACAACACAAUCGGAGGACAAUAAAAGAUCGUUUUCGGAAGUUUCUGAAAACCAAGAUGAAGCUACAAACGAUGAAGAGUUUCGUAGAAAGAAACGUAAAGACGAAUCAGGAAAAGAACAGAAAACGUCUACUCCUCAACGGUCUGGUGGUCAGGGGAAAUCGGCUUCCGGAAAACAAACAGGUGGGGCACAAGGGAAAUCAAGUGCUUUAACGGCGGUGAAAAAUGCGGUUGAAAAGAAAAGUCCUUGUCCAAGUCCGAAACCGACGAGUACAAGUGAUGCGGAAGUGGAGGAUGGAAAGUCUGAAGGGAAUCUUAAAGUUCCACCUUUAAAAAUUGUUAUUCCCCAAAGUUCUACGGCUGAACAAGAAACCGGGCAAAGUAGAAAUGGUAAAAAUAGUUCUCAACGUUCCCAAGCUUUACCAUAUGUUGUUCCAAGUUCGAAUAAUAGCGAUAAUGACAAAGAAAAUUCUGGUAAUUCAAGUCCUUCCGAUGGUAAUGGUAAAAAUGACGAGAAAAAAGAGGCUUCAGGAAGUAAUGGUGAUGAGCAGACCACGACCACAAAUGAAUUGGCAGAGGCAGCAACAACUUCAACAUCAAAUUCCAACUCGACCACUCCAGCUCCAACAGACAUGCAUCCAAGAAAGCGAAAAAUGAAACCGAAAGAAGUUGCUGCUCCUGCUCAAGACACAGCAGAUACACCCGCAGUUUCAGAGGCCCACGAAAGGCAUCCUCACGAACAACCAAUAACAAAUUGUUACCAACUAUUCUUAAAUAUUCGAAAGCAAAUUGAAAAACGUCGUAAAGGUCUAUUUCCAGUCCAACCAAAACCACCUCAAGGUUUCAAAGAUUAUUUAAUGAACAGAUGCACUUAUGUUUUAAACGGUAAUUCACCCACAACUCCCAACAUAAAUUACCCAGCCACAUUGCAAGCUCAAAUGAAAGAUUUAUACACAACUCAAGAAAAAGAAAGAUACAAAUUAAAAAUGCAACACGUCAUCGAAAAAGAGAAGCUUGUACUUUCUGUGGAACAAGAAAUUUUAAGAGUGCAUGGAAAAGCAGCAAGAGCUUUAGCAAAUCAAUCACUUCCAUUUUCCGUGUGUACUAUUCUCAGAGACCAAGAAGUUUAUAAUUUAAUUACUCCCGAACAAGAAGAAAAAGAUCGGAAUGCGCGAUCGAGGUAUAAUGGGCGAUUAUUUUUAAGUUGGUUACAAGACGUUGAUGAUAAAUGGGAAAAAAUUAAAGAACAUAUGUUGUUGAGGCAUCAUAAUGAAGCUGAGUCAUUGCAUGCAGUUCAAAAAAUGGAUUGGGAAUGGAAAUUGAAAGAGUUAAGUUUAUGUGACGCUAAAAGUACACCCACAAUUGAGGAGUUACAUGUGCCUAUGGUUCAUGUUAGUGACGAUUUUGAUUUAUUACCAGCGUGAAAUUUUUUUAUGCUUUAAAAAAAUGGAUGGUUGCUUUAUGUGCAAUUUGUAAGAUCUAUUUCUUUAUGUACUAUGUACAUAUUGAGCUUUAAGAUUUAAAUUAUUAAUUAAUAAAUUUUCAAAUUUU